AUGUCGCGCGUCCGCUUGCCACUCAAAUCUCGUCCAAUGGACAUCAUCUAUUUCAUAUUCUUCCUCAUACACAUACCUGCGACAAUCCUGAUUGACCUUCAAGUGCUUUAUCCUGCUGAAUUUGUUCCAAAGGCGAUCGCGGAGCUGCCAAAGUGGUAUCUUCAACAGUAUGCGGAUCCGAUUAUUGCGGGUGUAUUUGACUUGAAUGGCCCGCCUGCGUUGUGGGUGUGGUUGAAGAGCUUUAUGGUUCUUGAAGCUGUCUUCCAGCUUCCUGUGUUCUUUAUUGGACUUUAUGCACUCUGGACGGACUCUUUCGUCACCUACCCACUCUUCCUAAUCUACUCUGCCUCAGCAACAACGAGCACACUCCCCUGCAUCUCCACCCUCCUCCGUACACCCAUCUCCUCAACACCCGUCCCGCCUGUCUUACUCGAUCCUUCCAAUUUGACAAUUACACCAGAACAGAGGAUCAACCUGCUCGCGAGUUACUUGCCGUUCUUUGUGAUUCAGCUAGUGAUGUGUGUGGAUAUGUCCCUGCGCGUUGCUGGGUUUGUUGCGAUGGCGGAGAGGGGAAUGGAGCAGAGGGCGGGGAAAAGGGCAAAGAAAGAGAAGGCGCAGUGA